CAGACUGAGCUACCUUCCUGUCCUGGCACCCCAGUUCUCCUCCUCCAAGGCUCUGACAGGAUGAGCGAUGCCCAUAUGGCGGAGUUCGGGGCGGCGGCUCCUUAUCUCCGCAAAUCGGACAAGGAGCGCCUCGAGGCGCAGACCCGGACCUUUGACAUCCGCACGGAAUGCUUCGUGUCCGAUGAGAAAGAAGAGUACAUCAAGGGCAAGAUCGUCAGCCGCGAGGGGGGCACGGCCACCGUGCAAACCGAGAGUGGCAAGACGGUGACAGUGAAGGAGGCAGACAUCCACCAACAGAACCCGCCCAAGUUCGACAAGAUCGAGGACAUGGCUAUGCUGACCUUCCUGCAUGAACCGGCUGUCCUCUACAACCUGAAGGAGCGUUACGCGGCCUGGAUGAUCUAUACAUAUUCUGGCCUCUUCUGCGUGACCGUUAACCCCUACAAAUGGCUGCCAGUCUACAAUGCUGAGGUCGUCGCUGCCUACCGGGGCAAAAAGCGAAGUGAAGCCCCUCCCCACAUCUUCUCUAUCUCUGACAAUGCCUACCAAUACAUGUUGACGGACCGAGAAAACCAGUCUGUCCUCAUCACCGGAGAAUCUGGUGCAGGAAAGACGGUGAACACCAAACGGGUGAUCCAGUACUUUGCCAGCAUUGCUGCCAUCGGAGACCGCAAGAAAGAUACCACAAACUCCAACAAGGGGACGCUGGAAGAUCAAAUCAUCCAGGCCAACCCUGCCUUGGAGGCCUUCGGCAACGCCAAGACUGUGCGGAACGACAACUCAUCCCGAUUUGGUAAAUUCAUCCGAAUCCAUUUUGGUGCAACGGGAAAGUUGGCAUCAGCCGACAUAGAAACCUAUCUCCUGGAAAAGUCCCGGGUUAUUUUCCAGCUCAAAUCUGAGAGAAACUACCACAUCUUCUACCAGAUCCUGUCUAAUAAGAAGCCAGAGCUUCUGGACUUGCUCCUGGUUACCAACAACCCCUACGACUAUAGCUAUGUCUCCCAAGGAGAGGUAACUGUAGCCUCCAUCGAUGAUUCCGAGGAACUGAUGGCUACGGAUAGCGCCUUUGAUGUUCUGGGUUUCACCCCGGAGGAGAAGGUCGGGGUGUACAAGCUGACGGGCGCCAUCAUGCACUACGGCAACAUGAAAUUCAAACAGAAGCAGAGGGAAGAACAAGCUGAGCCAGACGGGACUGAAGACGCGGAUAAAUCUGCCUACCUGAUGGGCCUGAACUCGGCUGACCUCCUCAAGGGACUCUGCCACCCUCGGGUGAAGGUUGGCAAUGAAUAUGUCACCAAGGGACAAAAUGUCCAACAGGUAUACUACUCCAUUGGCGCUUUGGCGAAGUCUGUGUAUGAGAAGAUGUUCAGCUGGAUGGUGGUCAGGAUCAACAACUCUUUGGAGACCAAGCAGCCACGGCAGUAUUUCAUCGGGGUGCUGGACAUCGCAGGAUUUGAGAUCUUUGACUUCAACAGCUUUGAGCAGCUCUGCAUCAACUUCACCAACGAGAAACUGCAACAGUUCUUCAACCACCACAUGUUCGUGCUGGAGCAGGAAGAGUACAAGAAGGAGGGGAUCGAGUGGGUCUUCAUCGACUUCGGCAUGGACCUGCAGGCCUGCAUCGACCUCAUCGAGAAGCCUCUGGGUAUUAUGUCCAUCCUGGAAGAGGAGUGCAUGUUCCCGAAAGCCUCCGACAUGACCUUCAAGGCCAAGCUGUAUGACAACCACUUGGGCAAGUCGGCCAACUUCGGGAAACCACGCAACACCAAGGGGAAGCCAGAGGCCCACUUCUCCCUCAUGCAUUAUGCUGGCACGGUCGACUACAACAUCCUCGGCUGGCUGCAGAAGAACAAGGACCCCCUCAACGAGACGGUGGUGGGGCUCUACCAGAAAUCAGCCCUCAAGCUCCUGGCUACACUCUUCUCAAGCUACUCUGGCACAGAUUCUGGUGGAGACAGCGGGAAGGGGAAAGGGUCCAAGAAGAAAGGAUCGUCUUUCCAGACCGUCUCUGCGCUUCAUCGGGAGAACCUGAAUAAGCUGAUGGCCAAUCUGAAAACCACCCACCCUCACUUUGUGCGGUGCAUCAUCCCCAACGAAAGGAAGGCCCCUGGAGUGAUGGACAAUGCUUUGGUCAUGCACCAGCUCCGCUGUAAUGGAGUGCUGGAGGGGAUCCGGAUCUGCCGCAAAGGAUUUCCCAACAGGAUCCUCUAUGGGGACUUCAGGCAAAGAUACCGUAUCCUGAAUCCAGCUGCAAUCCCUGAGGGUCAGUUUAUCGACAGCCGGAAGGGAGCAGAGAAGCUCUUGAGCUCUUUAGACAUCGACCACAACCAGUACAAAUUUGGCCACACUAAGGUAUUUUUCAAGGCAGGAUUGCUGGGCCAAUUGGAGGAGAUGCGUGAUGAGCGCCUUUCCCGCAUCAUCACGCGCAUCCAAGCACGAGCUCGGGGCCAGCUCAUGCGCAUCGAGUUUAAGAAGAUCCAGGAGCGUCGGGAUGCCCUGCUGGUGAUUCAGUGGAACAUCCGUGCUUUCAUGGGGGUGAAGAACUGGCCUUGGAUGAAGCUCUUCUUUAAGAUCAAGCCCCUGCUCAAGAGUGCAGAGACUGAAAAAGAGAUGCAGACAAUGAAGGAGGAAUUUGGGAGGCUGAAGGAAGCUCUGGAGAAAUCAGAGACCCGGAGGAAGGAGCUGGAGGAGAAGAUGGUAUCCCUGCUGCAGGAGAAGAAUGACCUCCAACUGCAAGUUCAGGCUGAGCAAGACAAUCUGAAUGAUGCAGAGGAACGGUGCGACCAGCUGAUCAAGAACAAGAUCCAUCUGGAGGCCAAGGUAAAAGAGAUGACUGAACGGAUGGAGGAUGAGGAAGAGAUGAACGCCGAACUCACGGCUAAGAAGCGGAAGCUGGAGGACGAAUGUACGGAGCUCAAGAAGGACAUUGAUGACUUGGAGCUGACUCUGGCUAAAGUGGAAAAAGAGAAGCACGCAACAGAGAACAAGGUGAAAAACCUCACUGAGGAAAUGGCUGGCCUGGAUGAGAUCAUCGCCAAGCUUACCAAAGAGAAGAAGUCUCUGCAGGAGGCCCAUCAGCAGGCAUUGGAUGACCUGCAAGUGGAAGAAGACAAAGUCAACACUCUCACAAAAGCCAAGCUGAAGCUGGAACAGCAGGCGGACGAUUUGGAAAGCUCCCUGGAACAGGAGAGGAAGAUCCGUAUGGAUCUGGAACGGGCCAAGAGAAAGUUGGAAGGAGACCUGAAGCUGGCCCAGGAGAACAUCAUGGACCUAGAGAAUGACAAGCAACAGCUGGAAGACAAACUAAAAAAGAAGGAGUUUGACAUCAACCAGCAGAACAGCAAGAUUGAAGAUGAGCAGGUCCUGGCCUCACAGUUGCAGAAGAAACUGAAGGAACUGCAGGCACGGAUAGAGGAGCUGGAAGAGGAGCUGGAGGCCGAGCGCACCGCCCGGGCCAAGGUGGAGAAGCAGCGCUCCGAACUUUCGCGGGAGCUGGAGGAGAUCAGCGAGCGGCUGGAGGAGGCGGGCGGGGCCACCUCCGUGCAGAUCGAGCUGAACAAGAAGCGGGAGGCCGAGUUCCAGAAGAUGCGGCGCGACCUGGAGGAGGCCACGCUGCAGCAUGAGGCCACGGCGGCCACCCUGCGCAAGAAGCACGCCGACUCCGUGGCGGAGCUGGGCGAGCAGAUCGACAACCUGCAGCGCGUGAAGCAGAAGCUGGAGAAGGAGAAGAGCGAGCUGAAGCUGGAGGUGGACGAUGUGGGCUCCAGCGCGGAGCAGCUGCUGAAAGCCAAGGUGAAUUUGGAGAAGAUGUGCCGCACCGUAGAAGACCAAGCUGCAGAUUACCGAGCCAAGUUUGAGGAGACCCAGAGGACCCUCAACGACGCCAACACACAGCGGGCCAAGCUCCAGACAGAAAACGGAGAACUUACCCGCCAACUAGAAGAGAAAGAGGCUCUCAUCUCUCAGCUCAGUCGUGGGAAGCAGUCAUACACCCAACAAAUGGAGGACCUGAAGAGACAAUUAGAAGAGGAGGCCAAGGCCAAGAACGCUCUGGCACACGCACUCCAGGCAGCCCGCCAUGACUGCGACCUGCUGAGGGAACAGUAUGAGGAAGAGAUGGAGGCCAAAGCGGAGCUUCAGCGCACGCUCUCCAAGGCCAACUCUGAGGUGGCGCAGUGGAGGACCAAGUACGAGACCGACGCCAUCCAGAGGACCGAGGAACUGGAGGAGGCCAAGAAGAAGCUGGCGCAGCGGCUGCAGGAUGCCGAGGAGGCGGUGGAGGCCGUGAACGCCAAGUGCUCCUCGCUGGAGAAGACCAAGCACCGCCUGCAGAAUGAGAUCGAGGACCUCAUGGUGGACGUGGAGCGCUCCAACGCGGCCGCAGCUGCCCUGGACAAGAAGCAGAGGAACUUUGACAAGAUCCUCUCAGAGUGGAAGCAGAAGUACGAGGAGUCCCAGGUAGAGCUGGAGGCGUCUCAGAAGGAGUCCCGGGCGCUCAGCACUGAGCUCUUCAAGCUGAAGAACGCCUACGAGGAGUCGCUGGAGCAUCUGGAGACCUUUAGGAGGGAGAACAAGAACUUGCAGGAGGAGAUUUCUGACCUCACGGAGCAGUUGAGCGAAGGGGCCAAAAGCAUGCACGAGCUGGAGAAGGUCCGGAAGCAGCUGGAAGCCGAGAAAAUGGAGUUACAGGCAGCUCUGGAAGAGGCUGAGGCCUCUCUGGAGCACGAGGAAGGCAAGAUCCUCCGGGCUCAGCUGGAGUUCAACCAGAUCAAGGCCGAGAUUGAGCGCAAGCUGGCCGAGAAGGACGAGGAGAUGGAGCAGGCGAAGCGGAACCACCUGAGGAUGGUGGAGUCGCUUCAGGCGUCCCUGGAUGCUGAGACCCGCAGCCGCAACGAGGCGCUGAGGGUCAAGAAGAAGAUGGAGGGUGACCUCAACGAGAUGGAGAUCCAGCUUAGCCAAGCAAAUCGAGUGGCUACUGAGGCCCAGAAACACCUCAAGAUUGCUCAUGCCCAUCUCAAGGACAACCAGAUCCAACUGGAUGAUGCCCUGAGAGCCAAUGAGGACCUGAAGGAGAACAUUGCCAUUGUGGAGAGGCGGAAUGCCCUGCUGCAGGCUGAGCUCGAAGAGCUGCGCAGCGUGCUGGAGCAGACGGAGCGUGGCCGGAAACUGGCUGAGCAGGAACUGAUCGAGGCCAGUGAGCGGGUCCAGCUUCUUCACUCCCAGAACACCAGCCUCAUCAACCAAAAGAAGAAGAUGGAGACCGACCUGUCCCAGCUUCAGUCAGAGGUGGAGGAGGCCAUUCAGGAAUGCAGGAACGCUGACGAGAAAGCCAAAAAAGCCAUCACUGAUGCGGCCAUGAUGGCGGAAGAGCUGAAGAAGGAGCAGGACACCAGCGCGCACCUGGAGAGGAUGAAGAAGAACAUGGAGCAGACCAUCAAGGACCUGCAGCUGCGGCUGGACGAGGCGGAGCAGCUGGCCUUGAAGGGCGGCAAGAAGCAGCUCCAGAAGCUGGAGGCCCGAGUGCGAGAGCUGGAGAACGAGCUGGAGGCGGAGCAGAAGCGCAACGCCGAGAAUGUCAAGGGCAUGCGCAAGUGCGAGCGGCGCAUCAAGGAGCUCACCUACCAGACUGAGGAGGACAAGAAAAACCUGCUGAGACUCCAAGAUCUGGUGGACAAGUUGCAGCUGAAGGUCAAAGCUUAUAAGAGACAGGCAGAGGAAGCGGAGGAACAGGCCAACAGCAACCUGGCCAAGUUCCGGAAGGUUCAGCAUGAGCUGGAUGAAGCCGAGGAGCGGGCAGACAUGGCCGAGUCCCAAGUCAACAAGCUCAAGGCCAAGACCCGUGAAGUGGGGGGAAAGAAGCUUCAUGAUGAAGAGUGAGGUUUGAAAAUCCUCACCUGAGCUGCAGAAGAUUUUUCUUGCUAGCCCCUUUCUCUGAAUAUGAUGUAGCACAAAUAUAGUCUAAUUAAUAAAUUUGAACAGCAGAUUUAAUCCUCAGAUU